ACGGUCAAUAACCCUUCCCACCUGCAGACUGAUUCUCGUUCCCAACUGAGCAGCCAAAAGACCAUGGCAGCAGCUCUCCAUGCAACACUCUUUGCCAAUACUCUCCAACCCAACAGGACCACCAAUUACACUUCGACACGUGAAGUUCCAGGCCCAUCUCCCAAUCGCAACCUCAGCUUCCCUGUCAUCACCAACCACUUCAACGAAGUACCCAGAUUCUCUCCACGGCAGACCCGCUUCGUAGCCUCUGCAAUAUCUGGUUCUCCUGGGAUUGAAUCUUCCGUGGCCGAUGAGGAAGAUGUAGCAAAUUUAUUGGACACAGUAAAAGUGGUCGGCUUAAAUGGAGUUGAAAUCCCAAUUUCUGAUUUAUGGAAAGAUAGGAAAGCCGUUAUUGCUUUUGCUCGCCAUUUUGGAUGUGUCUUUUGUCGCAAACGUGCUGAUUAUCUUGCCUCCAAGAAGGAAGUAUUGGAUGCUUCUGGCGUUGCACUUGUUUUAAUUGGACCUGGUAGCGUUGAUCAGGCGAAAACGUUCUAUGAGCAAACAAAAUUCAAAGGAGAAGUUUAUGCUGAUCCUAGUCACUCAUCGUAUGAGGCAUUAAGAUUUGUUUCUGGGUUCACAAAAACUUUCACUCCCAAAGCAGGCCUUAAGAUAAUACAAUUAUACAUGGAAGGUUAUAGACAAGAUUGGAAGCUUUCAUUUGAAAAGGACACUGUAACCAGGGGUGGAUGGCAGCAAGGUGGAAUAAUAGUCGCAGGUCCUGGGAAAACCAAUAUUUCGUACAUUCACAAGGAUAAAGAAGCAGGGGAUGAUCCCGAUAUUGAAGAAAUCUUGAAAGCAUGUUGCUCAUGAAAGCAAAGAAAGAGACGAUCUCUUUGUGAAGGGGAACUACCUUUUGGCACAGGUCUUGUGCUGUUGUUAUGUAUAUAUGUAGCCGCUUGCUGCCUUGUUUGAUGGGACUUUCAAAGAUUAGUUUUUGAGAUCCUAUAGCAAGCUAUGGCACAGGAAAAAAUCCCAUAAACUUAUCUAAUUUGGGAGUCCUCCAUUUUUACUGUAUCAUUUCAAAAAGUCCUCCAUUCUUAAAUUUAUUGUUGUAGUACUAUAUAUUUUCUAUUAUAUGUAACAUACUAUCUUAGACACCCAUAAAAGAAAAGGACUUUGUUAUAAUUCUACA